GGACUCAGCACGGUUUGAACAGACGAAGAUACUCAGCCACAUUCUGAAGAGUUGAGACAAAUUCUGCGAGCUACUGCUGCACCCGUCACCAUGCCUGCCAAAGGAGCCCCAACCCGUCUCAACCCUAUCCGUCUACAAACUAUCCCUCAUCUCCGAGUUCGUCGCCCAAAUGUACAAGAGAGGAAUCCGUGCGUGGUGGUUAUGUCUUCGGUUCUGAGUUGUUGGGCUUCUUCCGGGUACACUGCGGAGGGGUGUGCAGCUCUUGAGCAGCAAUUGAGACAAUGCAUGGACGCACCGAAACCGAAGACUACCAAGAAGAACACCAUCAAUUACCAUCUCAUGAGAAUGUUCCCGAAGGUCGUCGGUCCCCAGAAGAGAGAAGGUCGUCUUGGCUAGAUGCUUCGACUUUGUAUCCUUUUCUUCUUCUCUUGCGUCGUUCUAGUUCAUCGAAUUCGCCAAUCGGUGGCCCUCCCCUCUUGGGCGCCCUUCAUUAG